AGCGAUGUUUCGAUUUUCACUACAUCUUCCGGGAUUUGUGUAUUUAGAAAGCCUUUUAUCGUUAAAUUCUCUUCGGUUUUGCAGGAAAAUGAAUACAGAAGUAGUUAUUGACAAAAGGAUACCUGAUAAGUGGAGAGACUAUAAACCUUGUGGGGUACCCAUAGAAGGAGAAAAGAUUAUUGCAUUUAAGACACCUUUGUCACAUCAAUAUGACAAUGAAAGUGAUCAAGACAAUGGAAUCAAAACAUAUGAAAGGUUUACACCAAUGGAUCUUGUGAAUCACCUCAGCCAAAAACAUAUAAAACUUGGAAUGGUUGUGGACUUCACCAACACUUACAGAUACUAUAAUUCCAAGGAGCUCUUUGACCAUGGGAUACUUUAUCGCAAGAUCAAAUGUGUUGGAAAAGAAAUUCCAGAUGAAAAUGUGGUAGAAAGGUUUAAGACUGAUGUCUGCACUUUUUUGAACAAGAAGAGUAACUCAGAUUCUGUUGUUGGCGUUCAUUGUACUCACGGCCUAAACAGAAGUGGUUAUGUAGUUUGUAGAUAUCUUAUUGAAUGCAGAGGAUACACCCCUGAAGAUGCAAUCAAAGAAUAUGGAGCUAAUACAUUUUAUCCUGAAGUGGAUUACGAUAGCGACUCCAAAAUGAGAAUAUUCGAUGAUUUAAUGAAAUACACAAUGCAGCAGAAUGAUUAUAAUUCAGGAACACAGCUUAAUCCAAAUAAUUUUAAUGCUCUUUUUGGAGUCAUUUAUUUCGAUCUCACUGCCCAACCUGAAAAGGUUACAAAGGAUCCUAAAAAGCUUAUUUAA